UGCCGUUUGAAGAAGUCGUUAGAAGAGCGGGUCAGCAGCCUUGGGCACGCGUGAGCCAGCGCAUUGAUCGACACGAACGGAACUGAUUCGCAGCAGGCGUCGUUUUCUGAGAAGCCAAUCCAGCACUCUACGAGAGGCGGAUAAGCGAGUGGAAAAAAAAAACACCAAGACAAUCCUGGGUUUUCACUAAACAACAGCAGCAAGCAACGGUGACGGUAAAAUGGUGAACGAGUACACGGGACCACCGCCGCAGGAAAUGGAAACAUUCCUGCCACAGGAUGGCAAGAACGGAGCGACGGUGUAUAAAUUCAAAACGGCCAAGUCAGACGUCGAAGCAAACGGAACAGCACCGUUCGAUCCGUUCAAGGAGCGAAAGCUGGAACACCCAACAACCGAUGGCGAAACGCUCACGCACUUACUGAAGGCGUCCCUGGGCACGGGCAUCCUGGCCAUGCCGGUCGCGUUCAGUUCCGCCGGUCUAGCAGGCGGCAUCCUGGCCACCGUCCUAACCGCCUUCAUCUGCACACACUGCGCGUACGUGUUGGUAAAGUGUGGCCACACGCUGUACCGCCGCACACACCGAACGGCGAUGAGCUUUUCCGAGAUCGCUGAGGUGGCGUUCGAGAACGGACCGGCCUGGGGCCGCCGGUGGGGCAUGCCAACGUCCUACUGCAUCCGGUACGGGCUGUUCGUGACGUACUUUGGCACGUGCGCCGUGUACACCGUCAUCAUCGCGACCAACUUCCAGCAGGUGAUCGAGCAUUACUACGGCAGCCCGUUGAAUCUGCGCGUCCUGAUUGCGCUGCUGCUGGUGCCGCUGAUCCUGCUGUCGUGGGUACCGAACCUGAAGUACCUCGCACCGGUUUCGAUGGUCGCGAACGUGUUCAUGGGCGUUGGGUUGGGCAUUACGUUUUACUAUCUCGUCACGGAUAUGCCGGCGAUCAGCGAGCGGCCACUGUUCCUGCCCGUCGUGAAGCUGCCGGCGUUCUUUGCGAUCGUGAUCUUCGCGAUGGAAGCGAUCGGUGUGGUGAUGCCGCUCGAGAACCAGAUGAAAACGCCCCAGAACUUUAUCGGGAUUUGUGGUGUGCUGAACCAGGGUAUGGCCGGUGUGACGCUGAUUUACAUCCUGCUCGGGUUCCUUGGUUACGUCAAGUACGGUGAUGCUGCUGCGGGAAGCAUCACGCUCAAUCUGCCCACGGAAGAGAUCCCUGCUCAAGCCGUCAAGAUCCUGAUCGCGUUGGCCGUGUACUGCACGUUUGGUCUGCAAUUCUACGUCUGUCUCGACAUCGGUUGGGUUGCCAUCAAGGACAAAUUCACCAAGCGACCACGGUUGGUGGAGUACGUGAUGCGCACCAUCCUUGUGACUGCCGCCGUUCUGCUUGCCGUCGCCGUCCCAACCAUUAGCCCGUUUAUCGGUUUGAUCGGUGCGUUCUGCUUCUCGAUCCUUGGGCUGCUAAUUCCGAUCCUGAUCGAGAUGGUCACGUACUGGGAUGAAGGUUUCGGUCCCGGCAACUGGAUCGUGUGGAAGAACGUGAUCGUGUUCCUGUUCGGUAUCGUUGCGCUCGUGUUUGGCUCCAAGAACGCCAUCAUGGAUAUUUUGGCGCUGUACGCCUAGGUAGCACGUAUCCUUGCGAUACGCCAGGAGCCAGGACGGGUCUGUUUGUUUGGCUGACAGGCGAUGGGGACGAAACGCUUUUUUUUCGUUUAAACUACACUACAAUUUUGCUGCCUCCUUGUGUGUGCGCGUUUUGUCCUUUUCCUACUGUUUUGAUUUGCUGUUUUGCGCUUCGUUUUUUUUGUGCACCAGCAGAAAAGCAAACACACGCUGCCUGAUCCUGGGGGUCAUUAAGAGCGGUUAACGAGCUGCUGUGGGGCUCGUUUUUUUGUUUUGGAGCUCGUUCAGCACGGGAAGUGGCGGGAAAAAAGAGGAAACACGUGGAGAGGGAGACUUUUCCGAAAGUGUGACGCCUGGACCACACACCAUCCACACACAAGUGCCUCAACAAUAGAGCAACAAUUGAUAUUGGAUAAAAGUAGCAAAAAAGGGGAGGAAAAAAAACACUCUUCCCCACACACAUCCACGCAUCUUUGCAAACAAUGCGCAGCGGUUUAUCUGCAAUGCUUAUUUUUCUGUUACUGUUGUGGGGACAUUGUUGGUAGUAUUUAGGAGUACCCGCGUGUGGGGGCGUACGUGUGUGUGUGUUUUUUUUUCGGUAAAAUAUUUUGUUUUCCUUUUGUUUGACGCGAACAUGUGCGUCGAUAACGAAAGCACGCAUUUUUGGACACGUCGUUUUAGAUUGCCGCCCAGCAGAGGACGCCUGUUCUCGAGGAAGAAGAGGAAGCAUGUUACGCAUUCGCAAAAAAAAAAGAAAACACAAAACCGAAAACCUUCCCGCGAAGCCCCAACCAUGCGGACGGGCGGCUUAAUGGGCUUGUUUGUCGAAUGAUUUCUGUUUUAUUCUACCUUUUUUUUUCGUUGUCGUGUUAUCAACCAUUAUGGGGCGUUUUUUUUUGUUCGUAGCGUAGACAUUCAUUUUCAUUUUUUUUCCUUUGUUCAUGGCCUUUAUAAAUUUCAAAUUGAGUUCCGCGAGCGGCUGUGGAUGCGGUUGCAGAUAACAGAGUGUUGGAAGUAAACCGCAGCAGCAGCAACAACAAAAAAUCACACAACUAACGACAGCAAAUCGCGGUCGUCCCCCCGAAAUGGCCUUAUCAAAUUUUGAUCUCGGUGUCACUAUUUACAGUUCGAGUUCUCUGCACGCCACGACGUUGUGGUAGCGAUUCUUUUUAUAAAAGAAACGCUUUAAUAGGGAGGGCUUUGCGUAAUUCGCCUAGCAAUGUGGAGCUAUUUCAAUGCGAUACCUACAACCACCACACAGACCUGUAGUAGCGUCAAUUCAAUUGGGGUACACUUUCGGCAAAACGCAAAUAUCAUUAUAAUAAGAAUGCUUUUCCCAACGCCUCCAUUUUCCCUCCUGAAAACCGACCAAACCACGCUCAAAACACAUCUGUAUUUUCCUAGCGUUACACUUGAUCGUUCCCUUUCGUACCUCAUUUAUUUACCUUUAUUUUGUGUACUCAAAUUCCUUACAUUUGGCCCAUGAUGAUAACCCGUAUUAUGCGGCGCGAGAGCGGUGCAGAGGGCGCAAAAGGAUUUUUCCAGCCCUAGCAAAGCAAGUUGAUGAGCGAGGAGUUUUGAGCUGCGAGCUAUCGUGCCGGCUUUGCCGUGCGUUCACGUGGAACAGAUUUCAGUAUGGCAAGAAAAGACAAAUUAGGCUACUUUACGGUACAUUUUACGUGGUUCCGUUUCUCGCGCCGUCUAAUCCUCUAGAAAUAAGCGUAUUGGAAUAUUAAGCAUGAAGCUUUCGGUGCCUCCAAAGCAAGGGCAUGUUAAGAGACUUACAUUGAUUGUAAACGCGCGUUAGACGAUAAUAGGGAAGCAAAAAUAAAAACUGCAUAACAUUUAACUGAACAACAGGGCAGUAUUUAUCCUUCAAAGGGAGAGUGGUAUUC